AUGGAGAGAUACUUUAUCCAGCUUCUGCUCUGCCUGUUUACCACCAUUCUUGCCGUGCGACUCACCUUAGCCGUUGAUUUCCUCUUCAACGGCUUCAAUUCCUCCGACGCGUCACUCUACGGCGACGCCGACAUCAAAUCUCACGUUCUCGCGCUAACCAACGACGUCUCCUCCUCCAACGGCCGCGCCUUUUACCCCUAUCAGAUCCACACGAAGCAGCCCAAUUCCUCACUCGCUCUCCCUUUCUCGACCUCCUUCAUCUUCGCCAUGGCGCCUUCCCAGGUAGGGGUUAUCCGCUACGGCUUUGUUUUCUACUUCGUGCCGGGUGGAGAAACCCUAAAUUCCAGCUCGGCCAGCCAAUUAGGCCUGUUCAAUUCCUCCGGCGGCGGCCCGCCUAAUAGUCAUGUUUUCGGGGUCGAAUUUGACGCGUACCGGAACUCACUGUUUCUGAGCGUCGACGACGGUCAUCUGGGCGUUGAUGUGGACUCGAUCAUCUCUAUAUCAGCUGAUCGAGCCGGCUAUUGGGCGGAUAACUCCAGCUCCUUCAAGCCAUUGUCAUUCAAUGAUGGUAAAAAUUACCAAGCCUGGAUUGAUUAUGUUGAUGGUGUGGUUAAUGUCACCAUAGCACCUGUGGAGUUGAAAAGAAGGCCUAAUUGGCCGUUGGUCAGUGUUCCUCUCAAUCUCUCCCGAGUCCUGCUCGAUGACAUGCACGUGGGAUUCAUCGGGGGCACGUACAAAAGCUUUUUCGGAAGCCAGAGGAUUUUGGCCUGGAGUUUUAGCAACACGAAUUUUUCCCUUAGCGAAGGGAUGAUCAAUGGGGGCUUACCAAAUUUCGCGCCUCCAAAUCAUAGAACCAGCGGUUCUGUUUCUGUUUCUGGUAUGACUGUGGUAGUUUUAUCAUUGAUCUUGUUAUGUUUUGUAGCUGCAGUUGUUAUCUUGUUGAAAAAGAGAAGUAAGAGAAUUAAAAUGAAAAAGGAGGGAACAGAGUACUGGGAAUUAGAGUAUUGGCCGCAUAGAAUCAGUUAUCGAGAAAUCGAAUCAGCAACAAAGAACUUUGCGGAAGAGAACGUGAUUGGUGUUGGUGGGAACGGGAAAGUGUACAAAGGACUAUUUCCCGGAGGCUCAGUAGUCGCCGUGAAAUGCUUAUCACGUGAAAAUAGUGAAAGUGUAAAAGCAUUCUCGGCAGAGGUAUCGAGCCUCGGGAGAUUAAAGCACCGGAAUUUAGUGGGGUUGAGAGGUUGGUGCAAGAAGGAAAAAGAUACGAUUUUUGUGGUGUAUGACUAUAUGGAAAACGGAAGUCUCGACAAGAGGGUGUUCGAGUGUGACGAUAGCAAGAUGUUGAGUUGGGAAGAAAGGAUAAGGAUUUUGAAGCAAGUAGCUUGGGGAGUUUCGUACUUGCAUCACGGAUGGGAAUCGAAGGUGCUACACAGGGAUAUUAAGGCCUCCAAUGUUUUGCUCGACGAGCAAAUGAAUGCUAGGCUAGGUGAUUUUGGGAUGGCAUGGAUCCAUAAUCAUGAUAAUGGAAAUGAUCCUACCCGUGUGGUGGGUACAGUUGGGUAUUUAGCGCCGGAAGUUGUGAAAAAUGGGAAAGUAUCGACUCAAACGGAUGUUUUUAGUUAUGGAGUGUUGAUUUUGGAGGUCAUUUGUGGUAGGAGGCCGAUAGAAGAGGGCAAGCCGUUUUUGGUUGAUUGGUUAUUGGAGCUCUUGAGGAGAGGGGAAUUGGUUAGUGGGGUUGAUCCAAGAUUUAGGGCUAAUAGUGAAAUUGAUGAAGAAAGAGUGGAACAAAUUAUUCGAUUAGGGCUAUUGUGUGCACAUCCGGAUGCUAGUGUAAGGCCAACAAUGAGGCAAGUUGUGAAAUUUUUCGAGGAGAAGACUGAGAUUGAUGAACCAGAAGAUGAAGAUGAGUCUACGCACAUUUUGAAAAAGAUGAAAGAUAAAGAGAUUUUGUGCAGUUCAGCUUCGAUCUCUUGGUCUCAUUCUUUUGGAGUGGGAAGGUAA